CCCGCCCGCAGUCUGCAGCCCCUACCUGGCAACUCCUCUCCGUUCCAUCCAUCUAAGCGCCGAAUUUCUUUCAUCACGUUUGAAUAAAUCACUUAAAGAAAACUCAUAGCUCCAUUGCACCAUGUGCGGGAUUUGGGCCCUCUUUGGUAGUGAUGACUGCCUUUCAGUGCAGUGUCUGAGUGCUAUGAAGAUUGCACACAGGGGUCCAGAUGCAUUUCGUUUUGAGAAUGUCAAUGGAUACACCAACUGCUGCUUUGGAUUUCAUCGGUUGGCAGUGGUUGACCAGCUGUUUGGAAUGCAGCCAAUUCGAGUAAAGAAAUAUCCUUAUUUGUGGCUCUGUUACAACGGUGAAAUCUACAACCACAAGAAGAUGCAACAACAUUUUGAAUUUGAAUACCAGACCAAAGUGGAUGGUGAGAUAAUCCUUCAUCUAUACGACAAAGGAGGAAUUGAGCAAACAGUUUGUAUGUUGGAUGGGGUAUUUGCAUUUAUUUUGCUGGAUACUGCCAAUAAGAAAGUGUUCCUGGGCAGAGAUACUUAUGGAGUCAGGCCUUUGUUUAAAGCCAUGACAGAAGAUGGAUUUUUGGCCGUGUGUUCAGAAGCUAAAGGUCUUGUUAACCUGAAGCACUCCACGACUCCUUUUUUAAAAGUGGAGCCAUUUCUCCCGGGACACUAUGAAGUUUUGGAUUUAAAGCCAAAUGGCAAAGUGGCCUCCGUGGAAAUGGUUAAAUAUCAUCACUGUAGAGAUGAGCCUCUGCAUGCCCUCUACGACAAUGUGGAGAAACUCUUCCCAGGUUUUGAGAUAGAAACUGUGAAGAACAACCUCCGGAUCCUUUUUGAUAAUGCCAUUAAGAAACGCUUGAUGACAGACAGAAGGAUUGGCUGCCUUUUAUCAGGGGGCUUAGAUUCCAGUUUGGUUGCUGCCACCCUGUUAAAGCAGCUAAAAGAGGCCCAUGUUCAGUACCCUCUCCAGACGUUUGCAAUUGGCAUGGAAGACAGUACUGAUUUACUAGCUGCUAGAAAGGUGGCAAAUCACAUUGGGAGUGAACACCAUGAAGUCCUCUUUAAUUCUGAGGAAGGCAUUCAGGUCCUGGAUGAAGUCAUAUUUUCCUUGGAAACUUACGAUAUUACAACAGUUCGUGCUUCAGUAGGUAUGUACUUAGUUUCCAAGUACAUUCGGAAGAACACAGACAGCGUGGUGAUCUUCUCCGGAGAAGGCUCAGAUGAGCUGACACAGGGUUACAUAUAUUUUCACAAGGCUCCUUCUCCUGAAAAAGCUGAGGAGGAGAGUGAGAGGCUUCUGAAGGAACUCUACCUGUUCGAUGUGCUCCGGGCAGAUCGCACCACUGCUGCCCACGGCCUUGAAUUGAGAGUCCCCUUCCUGGAUCAUCGAUUUUCUUCCUAUUACUUGUCUCUGCCCCCAGAUAUGAGAAUUCCCAAGAAUGGGAUAGAAAAACAUCUCCUGAGAGAGACCUUUGAGGACUCCAACCUGAUACCUAAAGACAUUCUCUGGCGGCCAAAAGAAGCCUUCAGUGAUGGAAUAACCUCGGUUAAGAAUUCCUGGUUUAGGAUUUUACAGGAAUAUAUUGAACAUCAGGUUGAUGACGCAAUGAUGGCAGUGGCGGCCCAAAAAUUUCCCUUCAACACUCCUAAAACUAAAGAGGGCUAUUACUACCGUCAAAUCUUUGAACGCCACUACCCGGGCCGGGCCGACUGGCUGACCCAUUACUGGAUGCCGAGGUGGAUCAACGCCACUGACCCUUCAGCCCGCACUCUGGCCCAUUACAAGGCCGCUGCCAAAGCCUAGGGCUGUCUGCGCAAGUCAGUGCAAGGAAACAUUCCUCUUGCAGAGAGCAGGGCCUGGGGGGCAGAAGGGGAGCGGUGAGCGUCAGCCACUCAGGCUCACUGGGCCUGAGAAAAAAUAAAAGUCUUAAAUCGGAA